UGUCCCAUUCGGCGGACAGCCUGGGCGCCGGGGGUCUCAGGGGCCACUGCCGGGCGACAUGGAGCUGCUGUCAGCCCUGAGCCUGGGCGAGCUGGCGCUCAGCUUCUCCCGGGUGCCCCUCUUCCCGGUUUUCGACCUCAGCUACUUCAUCGUUUCCAUUCUGUAUCUCAAGUACGAGCCAGGUGCUGUGGAAUUGUCCCGGCGGAGCCCUGUGGCCUCAUGGGUCUGUGCCAUGCUCUACUGCUUUGGGAGCUAUAUACUGGCUGAUCUUCUGCUUGGGGAAGCACCGAUAGAUUAUUUCAGCAAUAACUCCAGCAUACUCCUGGCCUCAGCAGUUUGGUACAUGAUUUUCUUCUGUCCCAUGAACCUCUUUUACAAAUGCGUCAGUUUUCUGCCCGUGAAGCUAAUUUUUGUGGCAAUGAAGGAGGUAGUAAGAGUUCGAAAGAUUGCAGUUGGGAUCCAUCAUGCCCAUCACCACUACCACCAUGGGUGGUUCAUCAUGAUUGCCACAGGGUGGGUCAAAGGUUCAGGUGUAGCACUGAUGUCCAACUUUGAGCAGCUGCUUCGUGGGGUCUGGAAGCCAGAGACAAACGAGAUUCUCCACAUGUCCUUUCCAACCAAAGCCAGCUUAUACGGAGCCAUUCUUUUCACACUUCAGCAGACUCGCUGGCUUCCCAUUUCUAAAGCCAACCUCAUCUUUUUCUGCACCCUGUUCAUGGUGUCUUGUAAGGUGUUCCUGACUGCCACACACUCCCAUGCGUCCCCAUUUGACACUAUCGAGGGCUUCAUCUGUCCUGUGCUCUUUGGUUCUGCCUGGGGGGGCCAUGGGGACCAUCACCAUGACGACCACGGGUCUUCCCAUGAUGCCCACGGGGGGGCUUCAUCUCUCCAUGCCCCUCACCCUGCAGCCAAAUCGAAGGAGGAACUAAAUGAAGGCUCAAGGAAGAGAAAGGCCAAGAAGGCCGAGUAAAUGAAGAAUCUGCCACAUGUGCCUGGUGGCCAAAGAGAGAGUCACUUCUGAGCUGCAUGAGAAAUAUAGCCAUGUCACCCGAGCCCUCAUAGGCUCCCCCCUAAGACUCGUACAAGGGAGAAGGAAUCUAGGCGACCACCCAGUGUGCCUCUAACAUUUCCAUCAGAGACCCUUAUUUUCAGGGGUUUACAGAUGAGGUGUGGAAACUCUUAUAGGCCCAAAGGGAGGGUUCUAACCCAAAGCCAGGCAUCUUGGUGGUAGGUUUUCUCCAUUUUUUUUUUCUUCCUUUAACCAAACGCUAUUUUGGGAAACAGUUUUAAGCUACUCUGAGAGUCUGGGAAUGUUGGUUCUGCCCGAUGUCUAUUUAGGAUUCCCGGUAUUGGAAAACUACUUUGCAUUUUGGACUAAUUUCUUUUGAAUCCAAAAAUGAAGAGAGAGAGGGAGGAAAACUCACCCUAAAAUAAGUAGACUCAAUAUCAUUUUUUAAAAUUGACUUAUGAGAAUGAAAAAUAACCUGAAUUUUGAGAAAAGGCCUAGAUGGCUAAGCGUCCCACCGAAGCUGGGGAGACACUUGUGCCCUGCUACCUCUGAGCCAGACCUAGAGCUGCUCAUUCAGCUCCAGGUCAGCUUUCAGAGAAUUGUCUUUUUGAAAUAUCAGGGAGUCUGAGAUUUCCUAGAUGGCCCCUGGUAAUGCUAGUGACUUUUGAGGUUCUGUCAGAUUUCCCCAAAUCCUUAGGAUCAGAAUGGAAAUUGAACCAAUUUUUAAUUGAGCUUUUGGAUUAACCAAGAAGCUUGGCAUUGGCUUAAUGCCUCUCUCUUGAGUCAGGGCAGGUGAGGGAAAACCCCAAUGAGGCAGAUGGGAUCUUAGUGUAUUUUGUCACUGUGGUCCUCCCCACUCUAGCCCUGGGCUAGCUCUGCAAUUAAGUUCUGACACUGGCUUGGAGGUGGGAUUUGUGUGUGGAAGGGGACUUUUCCAAGUCAGGAUCUUAGCCUGUGGGGAAAAUGUUCAAAUCCAAACUCCCUGAGCCACCUGAAAUGGCACCAAAGGGAUAAUAAGCAAAUUGUGGCUGCUGGGCUCUAGGCUGCUUAUCUGGAACUGGAACCUUUACCUGAAAGCCUGAGGGUGAUGCACUACGAGUUCCUCUGCUAUUUAAACUGAAGAUUUCUAGGACCUGUUCAGUAUUAUUAACCCUGGGGCCAGCGCCAUGGCUGGGAUGUUAUUAUGGCAUCCAAUAUUGAAAGAAAUCUAAGAUUUAUCACCUCAAAGAAGUGGGUCAGUUGCAGUGAGUUUGGGAAGUGCCUUAUCUCAGGUGAAUUGUCUCCCCCUAAUCCCCACCAUAAAGUCGGGCAGCAGGGUCUAACGUCGCCUCUUUUAAUAGCAUCAUGUUUUGACAAACCUGUUUCUGGAUGACUAUAAAGGACUCCGUGUAAGGGGGUUAUAUUUUAUAGAUGAGCCACAGAAUAAAAACAUUGUGAAGUGAA